AUGUCCCCCAUCCCCCCUAAUGCCCCCCGGCCCCUCCAGGAGAUGUUGUCCUCCGUUUAUCCUUCUGAAGUUCUCCUCUGCGUUAAGCGUGUGUUCCUUGUGUUACAGAACUGGGCGGGGAUGCGCUGUCCCUACAAGCUGCUCCGGAUGAUCCUGGCGUUGGUCUGCAUGAGCUCGGAGGUGGGCCGGGCGGUGUGGCUGCGGUUCUCGCCCCCCCUGCCCUCGGCAGGGCCCCAGCCCAGCUUCAUGGCCCACCUGUCGGGGGCGGUGGUGGGCAUCAGCAUGGGGCUGCUCAUCCUGCGCAGCUACGAGGAGAGCCUGCAGCGCCAGUGCACCUGGUGGGUCAUCGUCUUCUCCUUCAUCACCUUCCUCCUCUUCGCCAUCUUCUGGAACAUCUUCGCCUACGAGCUGCUGGGGGUCCAGAUCCCGGCCCCGCCCUGA